AUGCCCGGGACCACAGUCGUCGAGGGCAUCGAAAUCGCCCCGCAGGAGCUCGAUGAAGCGGGAUGGACGACCGCCCUCGGCAGCAAACGAAAACAACCAACGAGUACGCCGUCAUAUGGCAGGCAAUGUGUCACCAAGAAUGUGACGGCUGGCAGCCGCAUGGCCAGCUCGCCGGCCAAAAGGUUCAUGAAGCAGGUAACGGCACCCUUGAGGCUACCGAAAUUACCCAAGGACCAAAUCAAGAUCAUUGUGCGCCCCAAAGGAAGCCUCGACGUUUCCAAAACGGAUAUCAUACUCCUCGCCCAAGCCCUGACCAUGGCGGCGGCCUUGACGGAACAGCAGACUGCCGAGGACACCGUGUGCCCAAACAAGAUGCAGAACAUUUUGGUUAUCUCUACCCCUCACGAUCAAAAUGCGAGGGCAGAUGCCAGAAUCAGCAAGAUACAUACUAAGCUCGGCGUCUUUGAGGUGUCAGCCUACAUUUCUGCCCCUGAUCACACAUGCAAAGGUGUAAUAAGAAACAUAGACCCUUCAUUUGACAAAGGAGCCCUUAGGAGGAUGAUUCUGGACCCAAGAAACACUACGGUAUUAGAAGUCAGAAGAAUUAAGAACACACAGGUAGUUGUUACACUGUUCGACGGCAUGCGAGGGCCCAACACGGUCAUGUGUGGAGCCGCCCUCGUUCCAUGCUUUCUGUACAAACGGCAGAUGGAUGUGUGCUACGCGUGUGGCCACGUGGGUCACCGAGCCGACGUGUGCCCCAGUAGCGAAGAGGAAAAGAAGAAGUGCCACGGCUGUGGGAAAAUGAAGUCAUCAGAGUCACAAGAGGAGAAACACCAAUGCACACCCAAAUGUGUAGCAUGCAGCGGCCCCCAUAUCACCGGGGAUAAGACAUACAAACAACGCUACCAGAUCCCAUUUAUCGUUAGGCAUCGGCGUCGAAGACGACGACAAAUGUUGCGAAAAGCACAGAUGGCUAGCGGCGAUGGCAUCAGUAUCUCCUACGCACAAAGCUCGGUGACACCUGCGGCAGCAUAUGGUGGCUCCACACUGCGAGUCCGCUCACAAUCGAGGGGGCGCUCUCGCUCCAGGACGCGAACCGGCUCAGGGAAAGGCGGGAAUUCCAGCGCAUCCAGAUCGAGAUCCCGGUCCCGGUCUCGCUCCCAGCCCGCGAAGCGGGCCACGUGGGCCAACAAAGUCAAGGGCUCCGGCACAGCACCGUCGAUGGGAAAGAAUACCACGACGGCCAAAAGAGCGAAUGAGGAAGAACCAACCUAUAGAAGAACAAGAGGAAGAAGAUCCAAGAUGGGCAAUGUUCUGAGGAAGAGCCUCAGCAACCAGCGAUGCCUCCUGACGAAACGCGAUAAGAAGCUGAUUCGCAAAAGCUGGCGCAUGUUCUGCGAGCGGAACCCGGACUACGGCGGGCGCAUCUUCAUCGGCAUGUUCACCAAGCACCCCGAGUACCUGCAGCUGUUCCCCAGGUUCAGGGACAAGGAACUGCGCGCGCUUCGCCACGACGCCAAAUUCCGGGCGCACGCAUGCGCCGUGGGCCACCAGCUGUCGGCCAUCGUCGAGUGCAUCGAGGACGACGAGGUGUUCGUCGAGCUGAUCCGCAAGAACGCUGCCAACCACCUCCCGCGGGCCGGCGUGCGGCCCGCGAACUUCGAGAGCCUCUUCACCGCUGCGCUUGAGCAGAUGGUGGCCAGCAACAGAGCAUUCAUGACGCCAGCCACCAUGAACGCGUGGGAGAGGCUUUUCGAGAUAAUGAACACAAUUACGAGGAACGUGUACGACGAGGCCGCAGAAUUCUCGGCAACCAGCCAGGACACGUCGUCGGGAGAUGAACGCACAUCGCUCGACCCGGUCGCUGCCUUUGCUGAACUCUCGAAGACAGACGCUGCUGAUGCUACAUCUGGUUCCAGCACCGCGCUGGGACUAGUGACCACACAGGAAGCCGCCGCCGGCGCUGGUGCUUCGGAGAAACUGACCGAGGAGCGUCAGGACAGCGUUCCUGGCACUUCGAAGCCGAAUACUGCGGCGACCGCCGGAAACGUCAGCGGCAUAACUACAGGGUUGGCUAUCUUGGGCGAAGCGAACAGUGCUCCUUUAAAAAGUGCCCACUGCGACGUUGCGGACUCUUUAACGCCGUUAGCACCAGCACCUGCGGUGGACGCUGGUGGCACGCAAGCACCACCAGCCGCACAGCCUGGCUUGCGUGGUGCUGUGCGUUCGAACAAGCUAACCCAGAAGGCCAGCCUAGAUGCGCCGUCACUGGAUAACAUGAAGCCGGCUACAAUGUAACGCUUCGCCAAUCAUUGAAGCGACAAUUGGCAGUGAUGUAUGUAAUCGUACCGCCGAAUUGCCGCAAUGUGUCGCAGAGGACAUGCUCAGAGCUCGCGAAUUGCAGUCGCUUUCUUGUCUACUUUUAAUAUAUCGAACAUUUUUAUUGUGUCGUCGUAAAAA